AUGUGCUCACCUGAGCCAAAAGAUCCGCAGGAUGCUGUUGUAGCCAAACAAUAUAUGUCCAAUCCGGGGCUGUUCAAGACGGAUGGGAGACAGCCAGGUCUACUGACGAAAAGUAUUCGAAAGGGAACGAAGAAAAUCCCCACUAUAACACUUGAGAAACUCGAGACAGGGGUUACCGAGGAUGAAGCGAUCUCAGUGCUUAGUUGCAACAACUGGGACCUAGCAAAAGCAACCGACUACAUUUUCUCUUAA